AUGGAUGAGAUCGCCGAUAAAGUUUCUCAAGUGAAACAAACUCUUCAAGAACUAAUCGAUGAAACACGUAAGAGUGAAGGUUGUAUAAAAUAUGAAUUAUUUCAAAAUAUCAAUGAUAAACAUCAAUUAACAUUUAUUGAACAAUGGGAAUCAGAAGAAACGUUAGACAAACAUACCCAAUCAGAAUAUCUCAAAGCAGCUCAGGAUAAAAUAAAAGAUGCAUUAACAAAACCACCCGAUGUAAAACGAUAUAAACAUACUUAA